AUGGGAGCAGAACCCCUGGUGGAGCUUCUGGAUGAUGCUCAUCUGAGAGGUGAAGUUGUAAGCUGUCCGGUUCAGCUGCCUCUGGCCGUGUCUGGAUGGGUCUUCAAAGAACAGCUUUGUGAAGAGACCGAGAACACCGAAACUGAACCAAUGAUCACAGACAGCACUGGAGCUGAAGUGAAGGUCAAGCAGGAGCCUUUGGAAGGAUCGCAAACGAAAAAGGCGGAGACAAUGUUCAGACCACCCCCCCUGCCCGAGCCUGGUUUGCUACCUGAUUUACUCGAGGUGUGGAAUUACUGCAAAGAGGAGGAACUUCUCUUCAUGCAGCUCCCUGAUUCGCUCUCAGGCCAACCACCCACCAUUGAUGUCAGGCCUUUAAAAACAGAGGUGCAGUCGAGUGAUGGACAGACUAUGCUGCAGACGACUGAGAACCAGGAGGACUCUCAAGACGAGAACAGUUGUUUUCUUAAGGAUCUGCAGGAGGGUUUGGUGGGGAAGAUGCUUGUAAGAAAGUCAGGCAAAGUGCAGCUUAUCAUGGGUAACGUAACCCUGGACAUGGCCCUGGGAACUCCAUGCACCUUUCUGCAGCUUCUGGAUGAUGCUCAUCUGAGAGGUGAAGUUGGAAGCUGUCCGGUUCAGCUGCCUCUGGCCGUGUCUGGAUGGGUCUUCAAAGAACAGCUUUGUGAAGAGACCGAGAACACCGAAACUGAACCAAUGAUCACAGACAGCACUGGAGCUGAAGUGAAGGUCAAGCAGGAGCCUUUGGAAGGAUCGCAAACGAAAAAGGCGGAGACAAUGUUCAGACCACCCCCCCUGCCCGAGCCUGGUUUGCUACCUGAUUUACUCGAGGUGUGGAAUUACUGCAAAGAGGUGGAGCUUCUCUUCAUGCAGCUCCCUGAUUCGCUGCCAGGGCAACCACCCACCAUUGAUGUCAGGCCUUUAAAAACAGAGGUGCAGUCGAGUGAUGGACAGACUAUGCUGCAGACGACUGAGAACCAGGAGGACUCUCAAGACGAGAACAGUUGUUUUCUUAAGGAUCUGGAGGAGGGUGUGGUGGGGAAGAUGCUUGUAAGAAAGUCAGGCAAAGUGCAGCUUUGUCCAACUCCAUGGGCCUUUCUGCAGGAAUUGGUAUCAGUCAAUACAGAAGGCAGAAGAGGAGAUAUGUCUGUCCUAGGCCACAUUAAACACAAGCUGGUUUGUUCACCCGAUUUCCAGGCUCUUCUAGAAAACAGAGCUUGAGAAUCUGCUGCUGAAACUUCCAAUGUUUCUCUAUGAAGAAACAGCUUCAUACUCCGAACAGUGGGAGAAAAUGUCCCCGUGCCUAGUCACAUAAAAAUGAUUUAUGCUCUUAUUUAUAUAAGAGUUUACAGGUCAUGUGGUAUCCAACAGGGCUUUAUGUGAGACACUCAUGUAUGUACAUAUUGAAGGCUAGUAUAAAUAAGUUUGUAAAAAAAUAGGUUUGAAGUGUAAAAUAUUCAGUUAAUAAAAAGUGCCAUCAAUUGA